GUUUUGUGUUUGUUUUUUUCACAGGAAAUGAAUUUUGGAGACCCUAUAAUCAACAAUAUGAUGGUCUUUGCCCGCGUGGAUCGCUGGAGAAAAAUACGACCGGCGUCUAGUCCAGCGUUUACCACUGGUAAACUGCGAAAGAUGCACGAGUUGAUUCAAGAUUGCGUGAAGAUCACCUGCGACCACCUCAGUGCCGCCGCAGAAGAGGAGAGGGACGCCGACAUGAAAAAAUUCUACGGACAUUACGCAGUUGAUGUUAUCGCUCGAUGCGCCUUCGGAACCCAAGCUCGAUUCGCAAGCUGACACGACUCAUCAGUUUGUGCAGGCCUCUCAGAAGGCAUUCACAAUGUUAUUUCACUCCUACACAGCUGCUAUCAAUGCUGUUGCCAGGUCUGCUAAAGGCUCUCAAGAUUACUGUGAAGACUGGCGUGCGCUACACUUACUUCAGGGAGUUGUUUCAGCGAAUAAUGAAUGAAAGAAAGGAAAAGAAUCAGCGCAUAGAAGACUUUCUGCAACUCAUGAUAGAAGCCAAAGAAGGUCGCUUCACAACAGCAGCAGCAAGUUCAACCGACGCAGAGAGCAAGCUGUUUGAUAUGGGAUCCGAAACGAAGUCGGAAGCGAAGUCGUUGUCGAACGCUCUCACCGAAGAUGAAGCCUUGGCGCAAUGCUUGGUGUUUUUCCUUGCCGGACAAGACACAACCUCCUCAACUCUGGCCGGUGCCGCCUACUACCUGGCGCUGAACCCCGAGGUACAGGAACGGCUCAGGAAAGAAGCCGACGAAUGUUUCGAGACCCAUGGUCCCGAACCAAGCAUUGACGUCAUUUCCAAGUUGAAGUACCUGCAAUGUGUCGUGUCAGAAACGCUGCGGAUGCUCCCCGCCGUGCCAAGAACUCAGCGGUGCGCUGCCAAAGACUACGUCUUAGGCGAUACAGGGAUCAAGCUUCCCAAAGGGUCUCCCGUGGUCGUGCCAAUCUACGCCAUGCACCACGACCCGGAGGUGUUUCCAGAACCCGAACAAUUCAGUCCAGAUAGGUUUAACGAUGAGAAUGUAGAAUCUAUCCGACCUUACACGUACCUUCCUUUUGGGGCCGGACCGAGGAACUGCAUCGGCAUGCGCUUGGCUUUGCAGUCAAUCAAGCUCUGCCUCCUACAUUCUGUGCACAAGGUUCGCUUUGUACCCACGGAAGAGACAAAGGUUCCUUUGCAGAUCAGAUCAAGCCUUGGCACCCUGAGGAUCGAUGGCACUGUUGUAGGAAUACGAAAGAGAUCGGAUAUUCGUGCCUGACGCAGGACAUUUUGCCCUACGAUGGACAACUUCGUUGAACAUCAGUAUGCUGUUAGGAAGAAAUUUCGCCAACAACCUUUAGCAUACAAUUCUGCUCUCGAAGUGUCACCUGUUGCUUUAUGAAAUGUGCGUAAAUACGAAGUGCUCUUGGUAA